ACGGAGUGGACCAAGAUGGUGGCUCCUGUGGAUCUGGAAUUGAAGAAGGCCUUCACAGAGCUUCAAGCCAAAGUUAUUGACACUCGGCAGGUGAGGCUUGCAGACAUACAGAUUGAACAGCUAGACAGAACGAAAAAGCAUGCACGUCUUACAGGUACAGAGAUUAUGACUUUGAUAGAGGAGACUAACAUGUAUGAAGGUGUAGGAAGAAUGUUUAUUCUUCAGUCCAGGGAGGUAAUUCACAAUCAACUGCUAGAGAAACAGAAAAUAGCAGAAGAAAAAAUUAAAGAAUUGGGACAGAAAAAAUCCUACCUGGAGCGGAGUGUGUAGGAAGCUGAGGACAACAUCCGGGAGAUGCUGAUGGCACGAAGGGCACAGUAGGAAACCCCUAGUGGAAGCUUCCUGCCCCCUUCCAUUCCUCGCCAGGGCAGAGGGGCCCGUGUGGGGAAACAUCCUCUCUUCUGCCCUGAUGGACUUCUUAUUUGAAUGAUCUGGUGGCCCUAUGCUUUCUACUUCACCCUGAUCCCCUUUCCGAUCCUGGCUUUGCCUGCCACCCUUGCUCAGGAUACUCUUCUCCCCUGUGGGUGAGUCACGAACUCCCAGGAGAGGCAAGAUGGGAGCCAGGACAGAUAGGGGAGCUCUGCCCAAACCCAAAGCUCUGCCCCCCACCCCCACAAAAAAAAAAAAAAAA